CUGAGCUACGUCUGGGACAAACCGCCAUGGGUGAUGAUGACGGCUGUCAACCUCCCCCAAUUCUGCCUAGAAGGCAAGCUCCGCGAUGCUGGCCUACCGAAGACAAUCACCGACGCGGUGCGGCUCACCGAGGAGAUGGGAAUACCUUAUCUCUGGGUUGAUGCAUUGUGCAUCAUCCAGGAGGGCGACGGAGGAGUCGACAAGGCAAGGCAGAUCCCGAAGAUGGACGCGGUGUACGGCCUAGCAGAGGUCACCAUCGUCCAAGCCAGCGGUCAAGACAGCAAAUGCCCUUUGCUUGGAUUUGGCGACGACUCCGCACCGCUGAGACAGAUCGAAGCUGAAUUGAAGCCUGGUCUUCGGGUCGGUCUCCAGUUGACCGGCUUCGACGACAAGCAGAAGGCCUCUUCUACGUGGAUUGGUCGAGCGUGGACAUUCCAAGAAGCGGUGUUGUCCCCACGCCUUUUGAUCUUCCACAAUGGCCAGGUCACUUGGGAAUGCCGCGAAGCAGUUUGGUGCGAAGACAUGUCGACCGAACCGGACAACACCCCCAAGCCAACCGAGUACACGAUGGAGAAUGGCGUCACGAUCCCACUUUCCGCAGAGACGCCCACCUUCAAGCCCCAGUUCGGCUCCCAAAUGCUGCCAGUCGAGGCGUCUCAGCUCCAAGACAACCAACAAGUGCUUCGAAGCCUACCGUACGUCGAUUUCAAAGGCCGUCGCGACCACAUCUCGAGGUACGAGGGUGCUGUACAGGAAUACACCAGCCGUGAGAUGUCGUACUGGAGCGACAAACUGAAUGCUUUCGCAGGCCUCGGCGCAUUUCACGAAAGGCAGAUGGGCACCGGACUGGUCUUUGGGCUGCCUUCGAACCAGCUCGACAUGGCACUGCUGUGGUCUGCGGCGGACGGCCCAUCGCUGGACAGAUUGCCCGAGUUUCCGAGCUGGUCAUGGGCGGGCUGGAAGGGCGCUGUGCGCUACCUCUCCCAGAACCCCGUUUCGCUGUCGCCCACGUGCAACUUCUGGGUAGUGGACAAGGACACGCGUGCUUCCUGUGAUGGGAAGAUGCUGGUAAAACGCCUCACGCAGGCUUGGGAGGCCGAAGACUACAUUCCGCACGAUCGCCCGCUUCAGUUCAGCAUCAAGGACGGCCGCAGACUGGUGUUCAACAAAACCGGAAGAACCGUCGGCGGCAUUGCUUUGGACGAGCCGUUGGAUGCUACUACUGGCCUCGUCGCGGACAUGGAGCUCGUCGUGCUCAACCUCUGCACGACUGGCCAGAGGUUGAACAGGCCUGGGGAAGACUACUUUCCUGAGUUUCUCUUUCCCAAUCCUGAUGUCAACGGUGUCAUGGUGAUCGCGGGCAAGGCGUCUAGGGCCAACGAGGCAGCCAUGGACUGGUGCCGUUUCCUUCUUGUGAAGAAGAAGGCCGAUGGGAGUGUGGAGCGAAAGGGAGUUGGCGAUAUGACCAGGGCGGCUUUGGAUGCGGCUGGCGUAACGCAGAAAAUGUGCUUCCUGACAUGA